CCCACGCCACGCCGCCAAGGCGCCAACGCCUCCCACCAGCCACGAUUCCCAGUUUCCUACCAAAAACUUGUUUCUCCUCCACGUCGGUCGAGUCCGAGUCCACCGCUCCGGCCGCCGUCUCCAUGGCCGCCUCCUCCUCCACCGCCGCAGCGUCAUCCAUGUCCGGCGCCAACGGAGGAGGAGGAGGAGGGAGCGUGUUCCCAGGCCCUCCCCCGCCGACGCCGUCGAACCACCACCACGCGCUCCCGUCCUCCGGCGCCGCGGGUGGGGGCACGGACGCCGCGCUCUCGACGAUCCUCCAGCGCCUGCUCCUAUCCUCUCCGGCGCCGAUUCUACGCUCCCCGCUCUCCUCUCGCUCCAGGGCCCCGCCGUCGCUGCCGCCUCUCGUUUCGCUUGGCUCUAGCGGCACCCUUCGUCUCGACGCCGCCGCCGACGUGGGGUACUUCCACCUCGAGGGACACGGCGUCCCUUCCCAGCUGCCGUCCUCCGCGCUCGCCGAGCUCUCCCUCGUCGACGCGUCCGCGCGCCGCGCGUCGAACCUCCUCACGCUCGGAUUCACGGAGGAGGAUCAGCAGGAAGCGGACGGCGCCGAGGACCCCGCCCUGGUGUUCGACGUCGACGACGAGGGGGAGAUGGGCGCGCUCCCGGCUGCGGCGGCGGAGUACGCGCGGCGGAUGCGGGACGUGGGCAUGCAGGUGGUGGCGAUGAUGUCCGGGUGUCCCGAGGUGGGCUUCGGGGAGGCGCCGUUCGCGGAAGGGAGGAGGAAGGCGAGGUGCUUGAUGUGGGUCUCCAAGGUUGCCGCUGGCGAGGCGGCGCCUCCGGCCGCCGGGAAGGCGAAGGCGUACCCGUACGUCGUGGGCAUCCAUUGCCAGUGGGAAGCGUCCGGGAAGGAGGCGGCGCCGGCGAGCUGGGUGAUGGACGACGGCGGCGAGUGGACGGCCGUAGGCGCGCGCGACGGCGCACUCCUUGUCACCAUCGGCAACAUUGCUCAGGUGUGGAGCAAUGGAAAGCUGAAGAAAGUGAGAGGGAUGGCUCGCCCCGUUUCUUCUGCACCCGGAGCAGGGCACGGCGCCGAGGCUGACCGCUUGUCAGUCACCGUGCUGAUCACUCUCCCCUUGGACAGUGUCAUCUCGCCAUUGGUCCCGGUCACGGAUGCCGGAGAAGAGGGCGGCGACGACGAGGUGGAUGGAGCCGGCGAUGAUGGGGAUGGGUGGAGAUUUCACUCGUUUUUACUCGAGGACCUUGCGUGGAGGGUGUAUAAUGGGCGGCUUCAGUUCAAGGACCCGCUGGUCCGGUAUCGGAUAUAAGAUUUGUCCAUGGUCGUCGGCAUGUUGCAUAGCUUUGUUUUGUUUGUUGGUGUGUGUGUGGAUUGGUUGUAAUCCUAGUAUUGGAGUGGUUUGAGCACGAGUGAAUCAUUCAUCGUGUGAAAAAAAUAUACGAACUGAACCAGGAAAUGGCUCAUUUUCGUGAUGGUACUUCGAAUAAUCCUCACAUUA